UAGGUCGUCGAUCCACAGUGGCAGUGCUUUUCCAAUUCGAAAAAUCGUGGCUCUAAGAUAGAUUUAAGACGUGAUGUUUUACAAAUGAUAUGAUAGAGAAAAACGUGAUCGCGAGUGUCCUUUGAGGAUAAAUUUCUUCAACUGCAUCGGCUUAAUGAUCUUACAAAAAAUCGAACGAUAAAAUACGAAAUUGGUGAACCAAAACGCGUGAGCAGACCCUUCAGGAGAGCUAAGGCACUACUCGGAACCCCGUCUAAUUGAUUGCUUUGUCAACAGUCCGUAAGGGCACAGAUUGCCAUUUGUCCCUUUUAGCUCCGGUCUGGAAAACCUAUCAUCGAAUUAGCAACAAUAAUAGAUAUUUGGGAGGGAAAACCCGGAAGACGAAAUACGAAACCGCACUCGAGUUGGGUCGGCCGAAGAGAUAGAGGAAGAUACCUUCAAGUGUUUGUGAUAGAAAUUGUGAAUUAGAGGCCGAACUGGGAAGGGACUCGGCGACAAAAUCUCCAGGUAGAGAGAACGAUGACGGUGGCGGCGACAACGGUGAUGAUGGACUGGGAUAUUGACAUUUUUAACCUGGAUAUCGAUGAGCACGCCCUGGACUACAGCAUCCGGUCCAUCAUAUCGGACGACUCCAUCUUCAGCACGUUGCUACAAUCGACGGGCAGCACUACCGACAAUGAGCAAACCUCCUUCUCUUCCGCGUCGUCCUUGUCGAGCUCGUCAAGUUCGUCAGCCUCGUCAUACGAGUCGGAAUCACCAUCAUCAUCGCAGCCCAUUAUAUCACCACAACUGGAUUUACUUCUGCAGCUUCAGUCAACAGCGACGACGACGACGGCCCUGAAACCGCACAAAUGCACGUCAUCCGGACGACUGGAGGAUGACUUGUUGAGUCUGGAGCACGAUUCGGGAAACUCCGACGGCACAUCAACACUGGGUUCGGAAGAGUCGUUUUCUGAGGCAACCCCCUCCGAGGGCUCAUCCAACGGCAGUGAUGCGGAAAACGAUGCGCCUGACUUCCGUCCGCAUAAGUGCGCCGAGUGUGGGAAGAGCUACACCCGGAAGCUGUAUCUGAUGCGGCAUUACGUCCAGCACUCCCGGGAGCGGCCCUAUCAGUGUGAAGUGUGCAACAAAAGCUUCGCCUACGCCAGUUCGCUGUCCUCGCAUCGAAAGCUGCAUUUGGCCAGCGCUGAGCACCGGUGCGAGGUCUGCAGCAAGACCUUCAUGACGGAUGACUUGCUGGUGGCGCACAAAACGGCCGUCCACUACGGGGAGCGACCUUACAAGUGUAAGCAGUGCAAGAAAACGUUUGUUCUGCUGCACGCGUACAAAAGCCACAAACGGUGGCACCAGCAGUUCAGUCCAUACAAGUGUUCGAUCUGUGAUAGGGAAUUUAUGAAGAAAAUCAGUUUGAAGUGUCACCUCCGGGUACAUACGGGGGAAAAACCUUUCUCGUGUGACAUUUGUCAUAAGAGUUUCACUCUUUCGUCGACGUUGUCCUCGCAUAAGAAACUCCACGGAGAGAAACCAGCCCUGCAGUGCGAAACUUGUGGAAGAAUUUUCACCCAGGCCAGCGCGUUGUCCACGCAUAAACAUCUGCACACGGAAGUCCGUCCGCACAGUUGUGACCUUUGCGGAAAAAGAUUCAUUCGACUGCACGCGCUCAAGAUUCACAUCCGAACGCACUCGAAUGAACGUCCACACAGCUGCGAGCUUUGCCCGAAAACCUUUCUCGAGAAGCACGUGCUGAUUAGGCAUCUCAAGACGCACACCGACGAGCGCCCGUACAUCUGCGACACCUGUGGCAAAGCGUUCAAGGAAAAGUAUGACCUGUUCCGGCACGUCCUCAUCCACUCCGGCCUGAGGCCCUACAAGUGCGACGUGUGUGGGAAAACUUUUGUGCAAUCCAACGCCUUGGCCAAGCACCGGCGAAGGCACGACUCUGGCUCUGAUAAGAACCAGCAGAAUAAAACGAUGAGCUGCCCAAGGAGCGAAGGCAUCAAGACGAUAGUGGCUCCGGCCACUUUGACGAUGAUGAUACCGGCUGAGAAAGUCUAGUCCAAGAUGAAGAAGGUGUUAUGAUUACACUCGAUUAUCAUACAUUUACAUGUGUAGAAGUGAGAUUUGAUAUCAAAGAAAAUAGUUGUAAGGCUUUACGAAAAUAAAUGAAGAUGCUGUGUUGGCAAA